UAACCAAGCAUUAAGCCAAAACAAGGAAAUAACCGUGUAAAUCCAAGAGUAGGGGUGAGCAAAAAUUGGUCCGGAUUGGAAAAAUGGACCGGUCUAGACCUAUCGACCCAGACCGGAUCGGACCGAAGGCAAUUAGUCCGGUCUCCGGGUCGAGAAAUAUCAAGUUCCUAAAACCAAAAAAAAAAAAGAAAAAAAAAAGGAGAAAAAAAAGUACUGUAGAAAACUUACAUGGCACUAUUUCCCUCUAACCGCCAAUUUGACUCCCUUUGACAAAUAAAACAAACAGCAAAAAAGGCGCACAAAUAAAAUCACUCAGUCUUCGUCUUCCUCCUUUUAUGGUUAAUUGGUUAUCAAAUCUUUUGUUUAAAUUCUUUGUUUUUUGCGUAGAUUUUCUUCAAAUUUCCACCAUGAGUGACAUCUUCACAGCAGUUUUCACUGGAGACCUUAAACUCAUCAAAGAAAUGGCAACAAAAUUUAAUAAUAAGUUUGGAGAACAGAAGGCGAAAGAAAUCUUGGGAGCAAAAGACUCGAAGGGGCGUACAAUUCUACACAUUGCUGCUUCCGAGGGUCGAACUCUAAUCUGCAAAUACCUAGUUGGUACUAUCAAAUUUGAUGUUAAUAGAACAGAUUUAAUGGGUUACACUCCUCUGCAUCAUGCGGUUGUGGAAGGGCAUUUCAUGACUUCUUCUUUUCUACUGGAUCAUGGUGCAGAUCCUAAUGUGACGAGCAACGCGGGAUUAACUCCAUUGCACUAUGCUGCUAAAAUAGGAAAAAAAGACUUGGUGAAAUUGUUAAUAACAAAAGGUGCUGAAGUUGAUGCGCCAUCAUCGUCUGCUAAAGGCACGCCAUUGCGAUUUGCCACUGCAUAUAGCAUGAAAGAGGCUGUUAAGAUUUUGCUUGAGCAUAAAGCUAAUCCAAAUUAUGCUACUCAUCCCGUAUUGAACCCGUUGAUGGUUGCCGUCCUAGAGAAAUCCGUUGAUUGCGUAAGGCUACUGCUGAAGCAUGGUGCUGACCCGAAUCUUGGUUUUCAUGGAGAAAGACCUUUGAUUGCUGCUGUACAAGAAGGCCUUAUAGAGAUUAUGAAAUGCUUGCUUAAAGCUGGAGCUAAUCCUAAUGCUACUAAUUUUUGUGAUCUUACACCAAUUGAAAUUGCGGCUGUGGAAGGUAAUCUUGAAAUUGUAAACAUCCUCUUUGAUUUUACUGCUCCUAUUCCUCAUAUUCCGACUUGGAGCAUUCCUGGAAUACACGAGUAUAUCAACUCUCGGGAAGUAAAAAAUCAGCGCGAACUCAAAGCUGAAACAAGAUUCUUAGAAGCAAAUGAAAAUGCAGCACAAUCCGUCAGAGAAAAUGAUUACAUGACUGCAGUUUACUGGUAUACAGAGGCUGUCAGGAUAAAGCCAACAGAUGGGAUAAUGUUCUCGAACAGGAGCUUUUGCUUUAUCCGCUUGAACCAGGGCAAUCUUGCACUCUCUGAUGCAAAAAUUUGUAUUAGACUGAGACAAAAUUGGGCUAAGGGAUAUUACCGGGCCGGAGCAGCCUAUAUGAUGCUGCAGGACUAUCAAAAUGCAGUAGCAGCAUUUGGGUAUGCGUGUACGUAUGAACCUCUCAAUACGGAGCUCCGAGAUGCUUACAUUGAGGCGUUGGCGGAGUUAAAAGCACCACGGAACAGAUGAUUUCAGCUGGCUCUUUGUUGACUGAUUGUGUUCAUUGCAAUAUGUAGUUUUGGUGACAGGAAUUGAAAAGAACUUGGCACAACAUUUUUAUCUUGGUGAUUGAUGUAGAAAUGUAUAAGGAAUUACAAAUAGUAUGGCGGGAGUAGUUGUGUAGUUGUAUAUUUUGUUUCCAAACGCGGAUUUUGGAAUUGAAUUCCUUCUUUUAAGAUUUCAAAUUCGGUCUGGAAUUGAAAUGAAUUCCAUGUUUAAGCUUGUUGUUUGAUUGUAGCUACUGUUUUAAAUGUCUACUGCUAAUUUGCUAUGCAUCAGUCUUCCUGUAGUACAGGACUGCAGGUGGUGUUAUUGUUAA